UUGCAAGACAGUGUGCCAGCCAAUUCCGCCAACGGCCCGGUGCGUUUUGGCAUUUUUGACUGGAUAGAUGCCAACGGUGCCUCAGUUGCCGAUCUCUACGAGGAGCGGCUUAAAUUCAUAGAGUAUGCGGACUCGGCCGGCUUCUAUUGCUACCAUAUGGCAGAGCAUCAGGGCACACCAUUGGGAAUGGCUCCUUCCCCCAGCGUUUUUCUGUCUGCCAUUGCACAACGCACAAAGAACAUCAGGUUUGGCCCUCUCGUUUAUCCGCUGCCGUUUUACAAUCCACUUCGACUCGUGGAAGAAAUUUGCAUGUUGGACCAGCUAAGCAGAGGCAGGCUUGAAGUGGGCGUGGGAAGGGGUAUCUCCGCUUAUGAACUGGACUUUUUUGAUAUCAACGUGGACGACUCACGGGACAUGUUCCGGGAGGCCUUGGACAUCGUAAUAAUGGGGCUUAAAGAGGGAAAAAUUUCCUAUGAAGGUGAGCACUACACUUUCAGGGACGUUACCCUGCCCAUUCAACCCUGGCAGCGGCCCUAUCCCCCUCUUUGGUAUCCGACGGCCAACCCGGACUCGAUAAGAUGGAUUGCCAGCGAGGGAAUAAGUACGGUGACUCAUUAUCCUCCCAUGGAAACCAUGCGAGAGCAUAUCGACCUGUACAAAUCGGUUUGGGCCGAAAACCUGGAUCGUCCUGAUCGCUUGAACGCCCACGAGCCAGAUCCCAAAUACGGGGUCACCCGCCACAUUUACGUGGCAGAGACUGACGGUCAAGCGCUAAAAGAGGCCAAAGAAGCCUUCUCGGACUUCAUUGCCAACUUCAACCACUUGCGUAUUUUGAACGGGGAUGACACUGGCCGCACCAAUUUCCUUGCCGACUUUGAGGGGCGCAUGGCUGAUGGACUGCACAUCGUAGGAUCGCCAGAGACUGCGACAAAUACCCUCAGAGAUCAUCUCAGCAUUACGGGGUCCAAUUACUUCGUGGGUUCUUUUUUCUUUGGCACCCUUUCCGCCGAACAGACGCUUAACUCCUUGCAGCUCUUCGCUGAGCAGGUAAUGCCCCACUUUGACUGGGUAGCUCCCUAG